AUGCCUGAAGACGUUACCAUGACUGCAACUGAAGAUGUUGAGACCUUCGCUUUCCAAGCUGAGAUUGCUCAGCUUAUGUCUCUCAUCAUCAACACCUUCUACUCCAACAAAGAAAUCUUUUUGCGAGAAUUGGUAUCCAACUCUUCUGAUGCAUUGGACAAAAUUCGUUACGAGUCGUUGACUGAUCCAUCCAAAUUGGAAUCUGGCAAAGACUUACACAUUAAAAUCAUCCCCAAUGCGGAAGAAAAAACUUUGACCAUUAUUGACACUGGUAUCGGUAUGACCAAAGCUGAUCUAGUCAACAACUUGGGAACCAUUGCCAAAUCUGGUACCAAGGCUUUCAUGGAAGCUUUACAAGCUGGAGCUGACAUUUCCAUGAUUGGUCAAUUUGGUGUGGGUUUCUAUUCCGCCUAUUUGGUAGCUGACAAGGUUACUGUUGUUUCUAAACACAACGAUGACGAACAAUACUUGUGGGAAUCUGCUGCCGGAGGUUCAUUCACCAUCCGUACUGAUCCCGGUGAACCAUUGGGCCGUGGUACCAAGAUUGUCCUUCAAAUCAAAGAAGACCAAGCCGAGUUCCUUCAACAAGAAAAAAUUACCAGCAUCAUCAAGAAGCACUCUCAAUUCAUUGGCUACCCGAUCAAAUUAAUCGUUGAGAAUGAACGUACCAAAGAAGUCAGUGACGAUGAAGCUGAAGAAGAAAAGAAGGAAGAAGUUGAAGGGGAAACAGAAGAAGACAAAAAACCCAAAAUUGAGGAUGUCGGUGAAGAUGAAGACGAAGACAAAAAAGAUGAGGACAAAGACAAGAAAAAGAAGAAGACCAUUAAAGAAAAGUACUUGGAUGAAGAGGUCUUGAACAAAACAAAACCAAUCUGGACACGCAACCCUGAUGAUAUCAGCCAAGAUGAAUAUGGUGAAUUCUACAAAUCCUUGACCAACGACUGGGAAGACCAUUUAGCUGUCAAACACUUCUCUGUGGAAGGACAACUUGAAUUCAGAGCAUUGUUGUUCAUUCCCAAGCGUGCGCCUUAUGAUAUGUUUGAGAACAAAAAGAAGAAGAACAACAUUAAAUUGUACGUUCGUCGUGUUUUCAUCAUGGACAACUGUGAAGACCUCAUGCCAGAAUACUUGAACUUCAUCAAGGGUGUUGUUGACAGUGAAGAUUUGCCGUUGAACAUUUCCCGUGAAAUGCUCCAACAAAACAAGAUCUUAAAGGUUAUCAGGAAGAACUUGGUUAAGAAAUGUUUGGAAUUGUUCGAGGAAUUGGCAGAAGACAAGGACAACUACAAGAAGUUGUACGAACAGUUCAGCAAAAACUUGAAACUUGGAAUCCACGAGGAUAGCCAAAACAGAAAGAAACUCUCAGACUUGUUGAGAUUCCAUUCUUCAGCCAGUGGCGAUGAAUCAUGCUCCCUCAAGGAAUAUGUUGCACGUAUGAAGCCAAAUCAAACACACAUUUACUACAUCACUGGUGAAAGCCGCGAACAAGUGUCCAACUCAUCAUUUGUUGAACGUGUUAAGAAACGUGGUUUUGAGGUUAUUUACAUGACUGAACCCAUCGAUGAAUACGUCGUUCAACAAAUGAAAGAAUAUGACGGCAAGAACUUGGUAUCUGUCACCAAGGAAGGGUUAGACUUGCCCGAAACUGAUGAAGAAAAGAAGAAACGCGAGGAUGAUCAAUCCAGAUUUGAAAAGUUGUGCAAAGUUGUUAAGGACAUUUUGGACAAGAAAGUUGAGAAAGUUGUCAUCAGUAACAGACUUGUUGAGUCUCCCUGUUGCAUUGUCACAUCACAAUACGGUUGGACUGCCAACAUGGAACGUAUUAUGAAGGCACAAGCACUCAGAGAUUCGUCUACCAUGGGUUAUAUGUCGGCCAAAAAACACUUGGAAAUCAACCCAGACCACCCAAUCAUUGAGACACUCAGACAAAAGGCUGAAGCUGAUUCUAAUGACAAAGCCGUCAGAGACUUGGUCAUGCUUUUGUUCGAGACAAGCUUGUUGUCAUCUGGUUUUGGACUUGAAGAUCCACAAGUUCACGCUUCGAGAAUCCACCGAAUGAUCAAAUUGGGUUUGGGCAUUGAUGAGGAUUUGCCAGUAGCUGAAGAGAAAUCCGCUGAAGUUGAAGCCUCCGAGCCUGUUGUCGAAGCUGAUGCUGAAGAUUCUUCUCGUAUGGAAGAAGUUGAUUAA